CGGGUCACCAGGCAUCAGGUCAUUUGGCUCGACAGCGGGCACCGCGUCAUCUGGCAAGGCAGUGGGCUCCGAGUCAACAGGCACGACAGUGGGCACCGGGUCAUCAGGUACCGGAUUGUCUGGCUCGACAGCGGGCAUCGGGUCACCAGGUAUGACAGCGGGCACUGGGUCACCAGGCAUCAGGUCAUUUGGCUUGCCAGCGGGCACCGCGUCAUCUGGCAAGGCAGUGGGCACCGGGUCACCAGGCAUUGGAUCGUCUGGCUCAACAGCGGGCAUCGGGUCACCAGGCAUCAGGUCAUUUGGCUCGCCAGCGGGCACCGCGUCAUCUCUGGCAAGGCAGUGGGCACCGAGUCACCAGGUACGACAGCGGGCUCUGAGUCAAUUGGCACGACAGCGGGCACCGGAUCAGGUACCGGAUCAUCUGGAUCAACAGCGGGCAUCGAGUCAACUGGC